AUGCAUUCUGAAGAUACGGAUCAGGAACCAACAGUAGAUUCAGGAUGGAUUGACGCAGAAGGUGUAGCUGAUCCCAAUACAUUCGAACCUAUCUUCAAUGAUGAGGCCGAACAACCAACUUGCGCGGAAACCGAGGGCGAGAAAGGUAAGAACGUCCAUCAUGAUAUAUUCCAUCUCGUGCAUGGAAAAAAAGCAACGGAUGGUAAAGUGUCACGCCAUAUCGAUACGCACGGAUUUGAUGUGCCUGUCAAAUUUGGGCAUCUAUUCAAACAACCAGUGGUUAGACAAUGGAUCCACGAAGGCAGCGUCUAUCGCGAAAAAGACGAACGUAUCCCGUCGCGAUUUGAACUGUUUUUUGACCUGCUCUUUGUAGGAAUUGCGCACACUUUAGCUGAGACUGCCACCUCGGAGGCCACAGGCUUCAACAUCCUCAAAUUCAUAUUGGAAUACUUUCCCACGUGGUCCAUCUGGAUGGAUGUUCGUACGUUCCUGAAUGUUUCAGGUACGGACGACGUCAAGGAGCGGAUUGGUCUUCUUGCUUAUAUGAUUCUUUUGAAUGGUUUCUCCGCAAAUGCUGCUUCUCUCCAAAUCAAAAAUGCUGCUUCGCCGCAAGAUUUGGGUACACCCAAGCACGGAUACCAUCAUAAAAGAGGUGCAUUGGAAGAAUCCACUUGCGAGGACACUUCCUGUCUCGCGUUCUACUUGGGAAGUGGUUACUGGCUUGUCGAUGGCUAUGAAAAUGCUAUACACGCAGCCAUUGCUUUUUAUCUUGUGCUUCGUCUGGUUCGUAUCCUGCUUUAUCUCUUUUAUGGCUGGAUGCUGCCAAAUUUCCGACUCUCUAUGUGGACAAAUGCAGCUAUACGCACGAUUGUGUCAACGAUAUACAUACCCAUUAUGUUCGUUUGGUCUGCGCCACUUAUUUUGAUCCUUAUGUUUGUCGGUAUGGUUUUGGAAAUGCUCAAUUCGUUCAUGGUAUUGUACACGGUGAGAACUUUGAACUAUUAUACCAAGAAGAGGACCGGCCGUCGGCUAUAUAUCCCUGCUUUAUCGCUCGAACAUGCCAUGGAGAGAACGACUCAGUUUGUCAUCGUCGCCACGGGUGAGAUGAUAGUAAGCUCUACUUUCACAGCAUCGAAAAAGUACGGCUUGACGGACAAGUUUGGCCGAAGUUCGUUGGCCAUUUGUUGCUCGUUUUUUAUUAUUUGGCUAUACUAUGACGCAGAUUCCUCCAGAACCUUUCAGCACGCGCUCCGUCGACAUGCCAUUACAUCUUCAAUGUUUUCAGCAUUACAUUUCCCACUGACGGCAGCGCUGAUUUUGCUUGGUUCUUCACUGACACAACUGAUUAACCUUCGUGACGAGUCCAAUGGAUACCUUUGGUUCUGGAGCGGUAGCUGCGCUGUGUACCUGCUUAUCGUGGGUAUCAUUGGUCUGCUUCAUCGAAACCUUGACAAGCACAACAGCACCCUUCUUCCAAGGUGGUGCCGACUUUCGCUCAGGUUUAUCGUGGCCUUGAUCAUCUUUUUUUUGCCUUUGAUGCGGAAAAAUUGGGACACAAUUGACUUUUUGGGUGUGAAUACGGCACUCUUGUUUUUUUUGGUGAGUUUCGAGACCAUCACCAAGGUGGGGGCCGUGGGGCGGCGUUACGAUCAGCAUGGGUCAGCGCUGGUUCACCGUGCCAAGCGCAGCAGUCGAGCCCGACGUGAUCCAAAGGCUUCUGAGGCAAUGCAAAGUGCUCGUGCGGAGCUUGAAGCCAUGGGUGCCACUCGCCCUUCGCGGAUGGCGAAUAGGUUGCGUCUCAAACGUGAAUUGUCAUGGCACCCUUAUGAGGGACUUACGUUGGCGGAGACAGGCGAGGAAGACGUGGGUAUGGAGGGCGAAUUGGGUCACUUGCAAGUCAAGGAGCUCAGCGCCGGACAACGCUGGGCGUAUUGCACAUAA